AUGGUAAGAACUCAUGGUGCUUCCUCCAAGAAGAUCCCUGUUUCUCAAUCCCGAAAGGUGCCAUCUCCUUCGCCUCCUCCGUCUGUGUCAACAGCGCCUCCUUCUGUUCCAGCAGCUCCCACAUCUGUUGGAAAGUCCUGCAAAUCCAAGGCUCGCAAGAAGGUUUUUUCGCUCUCUCAUGAACACCCUAUGGUGUUUCCAGAUAUCUCUGCUGACAUUGUUGCACCACCAUCUGAAGUGAUGGUGCCCUCUCGAGCCAAAGACCAUUCUCCUCUUCCUUUUGAUUCAUCUUUGGAGGCUAGGGCAACAUCGAAAUCUGUUUCAUCCUCUUCCAAAGCUGCUGCUGCUGGGUUGCUCAAAAUGCCUUUGAAGCCGAGUCAGUCCAAGAAAAAUUCUGUCACUCCAAAAAGGAAAUUGGGGUUGGAUGCGUCUCUUUCUCCCUUGUCUGCUGCCAAGAAAAAAUUGAAAGCUCAUCCCCCUUCACUGUCUUCCUCCGAAUCUGAUCCUGAGGAAGAAAAAUCAGAAUUUGAAGCAACCCAUGAUACCACAUUGUCUGAUGAAACGGUUCCUGACAAUGCAGAAUCAGAGGCUGAGUCUAAUGAGCCAGAAAAAGAAGACAUUAUCCCCUCUGAACAAGAAGCUGAAUCUGACUCAGACCAAAUUGCAUCUCCUUUGACAUCCAAAGCUAAAGGGAAGAAACCUAUUUCUGGUUCUACACCUUCUCCAAAACGUUCAGGUGUACAUUUCAAACCUUAUUCUUCCAUUUUUUGCUAUAAUGAUAAUGCACGUGAUAUGGUUCUAUAUGCUCAAAGGAAAUUUAUCAUUGAAAGAAAUUAUGUCUUGGGUGAUCAUCGUCCUUUUGGUGUGCUAACAAUGCUUCAAGAUCGACAAUGGACAGGUUCUUUGGUUAAAUUUUCUGGUUUUGUGGAUAGAAUAGUCAAGGAAUUCUAUGCCAAUCUUACUAAUGAAAUUAUUGAACCUUCAUCUCCUCUGUAUAACAAAGUGUUUGUUAGGGGCCAUUGGUUCUCUUUUUCUCCUCAAGACAUUGCUCUUGCUUUGCAUCUUCCCCUUGAUGUCGAAGAUGAUGUUGAUGGUGCCUCUCUUGACAAGGACAUGGUUAUCACUGAAUUGGUAGGUCAAAAAAUGGUAUGGCCAUCUAAUAAAGUCAUCUCGGUCUCCAAUCUCACCUACACUUAUGCUGUUCUCCAUAAGUUUGCCACAACAAAUUGGAAGCCCACUUUUCACACCGCCACUAUCUCUUUUGAUAUGGCCUCAUUUUUGUACAAGGUGGGGACCGGUCUUGGUAUAAAUUUGGCUUCGGUUAUUCAUGAUCAAAUCAUUGGGUUUCGCAAAGGUAACAGGAAAAACUUGAAUCUUCCUUUUCCUUAA